AUGGCACACAGCUAUCAUCAGCAAGGUUACGAUGACAGCCGUUUUGAAGGUCGAGUCAGAGAAGAUCUACUUUGCUCCAUUUGUCAAGGGGUGCUCAGAAAUCCACGAACUUGCCAGAAUAAAGAACAUCCAUUUUGUCUUUCUUGUAUAUCUCAACAUCUUCGUAAUUCCCACACAUGUCCUGAAUGCAGAGAACACCUGACCCCAGAAACCCUCAAAGAUCCACCGAGAUUUUUGAAGAAUACCUUAUCAGAGCUGAAGAUCAAGUGCGAUUACAAUGAGCGAGGAUGUCCGGGCUACGUCCAGCUUGGAAAUCUACAGCAUCAUGUUGAGCGAUGUGGCUUCGCGCCUGUUAUGUGUGGAAAUGAAGGAUGUGGGACGGUGGUCAAUAAAAAAGAUAAAGAAAUCCACGAGCGAGAACUCUGCCAGUUUAGAAUCGCCAAAUGCCACGACUGCAAAGAUAUUAAAGCAAGUCAAGAUGAAAUGAAAGCAAGUCAAGAUGAAAUGAAAGCAAGUCAAGAUGCAAUAAAGGUAAAAAUAUUGUGUCCACGUUUAGAUUUGCAUGGCAACAUAUUGUAUCGUAGAACAUGAAUAAUACCAGGGAAAACUGGUAAAACACAAUCAGUACAACUGUUGCAACUAUGGGAGUAGCUGCAUAUUCAUACUGGAAAAAACUCUACUACCGUAAGCACUGAAAAAUAUGGCAGCUCCAGAAAUAUGUGAUAUGUUUGCUAAAAGAAAUGAAGUGACAAAUAUUUAGAGCAACUCAGCAACUACAACUGCAUGACAUACAUCUUCCACGAGUUAGAACUGUGAAGACUAAAUGAAAAACAACGUAUAGUGGACAAGUACUUUUUAACUCGCUUUCAAAAACUCAUUAAUAAUUCAUGAACCAAUUAUCCAAUCUUGAGUAAGAAAUUAGUCACGUGCAUACGUCUUUAUACCAGCUAAAGAACGCUUUAACAAAAGACCAUUGUUAUGCAAACUAUAUAAAGAUUUUUAUAUAAAGAUUUUUAUAUAAAGAUUUUUAUAUAAAGAUUUGACUUAUUACGCAAACGUUUUUGAAGCCAUUUAAAAAACUCGCAGGUCGUGUUUUAUUAUGUCUAAAGCCACUCGCGCUGCGCGCUCGUAGCUUUAAACCUAAUAAAACAAUCAUGCUCGUUUUUUAAAUAGUACAUGAAAUCACCUUAAUUAAAAUAAAAUAAUUAAAAAUUAACCAUACAUCGUUUCCGGUGAUUCUUGUGGUGAAAAAUAAUUCUCUUAGAGAUGAAUGAUGGGGUCGACCACCUUCAAAUAUAUCACUCGGUGUAAUUAUGUGAUACCGUAUAAUCAAUAGUUUUGAUUUCUUUAUAUAAGUGAAUAAGUAACUUUAUUAUUUCACCCUCCCACCCCAGAUAACGAAGUUGAACUUCUGAUGAUUGAGGCCAACAUAUUGAACACUUUGCCAAGUAAAUAAACUAUUUAUGGCGCAUAGCAUCUCAAAAUGUACACUGUGUCAUCGCUGAUAUAUUUUAAUGUAACAACAUAGUCACAGAACUUUUUAAUUUUACAAUCCAGGAGAAUGUUGACGAGAUAAAGCAAACUCAAGCAGAAAUGAAAGCAGAUCAAGUGAUGUUUAAAGCUGAGGUAAGCCAGCAGUUUCAAAGAAUGACAGAAAUGUUAAAUCAGUUGUUGCAAGGAAAAAAUGUAAACAACAAUGGUGGUCAAGCUAUUGGUCCAGCAGCUCCAGCCAACAACCAAGAUAUUAUUAUUUUUGGCGGUCGGUGGCCAGAAGGAGGUGACGACAUUUUAAAUACAGUUGAAAAAUUCAACAUAGCAGAAGGAACGUCAACUGAGCUGCCACAGAUGAAUCUCGCUCGAACAUCAUCAGCAUCAUGUGUUUACAACGGUGACGUCAUCGUGACUGGAGGCCACGAUGGUAAAGCUGGUUCUGACUUGAUCGAGAUUUUAAAGAUGAACCGGCAUCCUUUGCGAUGGACGAUGUUUGAUGGUAAACUGCCUGUCAAGUUAUCUGAUCAUGACGUCACAGUUUACGAAGAUAAAUUAUGUAUCAUAGGAGGAUAUAACUGGAAUGAAAAGAAAACAUCCGAUGCAAUUUAUGAACUAUCCCUUGCCCCGCCUUAUACUGUCAAGCUUCUCGCAAGAAUGCUUCAGCCAAGGAGAAACCACAGAGCGGAGAUUGUUAACGGGAAGCUAUUUAUCUUGGGAGGAAUAACAACAGGCUGGCCUAAAAAUGGCACAGAUGGCGUUGUUGUGUAUGAUUUCAUCAAGAACGAGAUUAAGCCAUGUCCAUCGUUAUACAAGCCUGUCUCAGGAAUGUCCACAGUUACUUGGGGCAAUAUAAUCAUUGUUGUCGGCGGGCAGGAUAAGAAUGAUCAGGUUUUAAAUGACGUCAUCAUGUAUCACAUUGAGACAGGGGGGAGUGAAAGAUUACCUUCACUGAAACACAAGAGGCGUGGUGCCUCAGCCGUAAUCAUGCAUGACGUCAUUGUUGUAUUGGGAGGAUGGAAUGAGGAGGAGGGAUAUCUCAAUUCAGUAGAAAGUUUCACAAUGGGAGAUGAUCAGUGGAAAGAACUGCCAGGAAUGAAAGAUAAAAGGCAGUGGUCAAAUGCUGUAGUGAUACCUCGCAACUGA